ACACAAAAAGGUCGUUCUUUUAAUGAUAGGUAAAAUUCAGUUAAUUUCUGUAGUUACAACACUGCGGACGAAGUCUAGACCUCAGCUUCAGUUAAAAAAGUUAACAUAGUACCAUAAAUAAAUGCUGAAAAGAAUGAGCUGAAGCAAUUUCACAGACCUGGCCAACAUCACUUUAGUGAAACACUAGUACACUUCCCUGACAAAGUACAUGCCUCAGUUUAAUACUGCAAAACCUGAUUUGUGUGUACUACUUGAUCAUGGAGAAAAAAAAAUUGUUCAUCGACUUAAUUACUAUUGGACUUUUUUUAUUCACAUAGAGUAAUAAAUAAAUCAUUGUUACCCUGACUGUGAGAAAUUGUUUGUCGCUGUAAACAGAUUGGAUGCCGUUAUAAGUGCAGCCACCAACAAUUUAGGUUGUGGUCUUAGAAAGAAAGGAAUUGCACAAAGAAAUGGCCUGUAAUGGUUGAACCACCUGGACGGGUUUUUCAAAAAUAGUCCAGGGUCUUUGGUGAAUCCAUCCUACAGCUUCUGUGUGUUGACACCAGGAAAACACAAGGGUUAAAACUCCAGAGCAGUAUUUACUUACCUGUUAAUAGCUAACAUAUUUGGCCUCAUGAUGAACAAAAAUAUUGGGUUGAUUUCUUAUCUGAUUCUGAACUCUGUGGACUGAAUACUGACUGCAUCCAAGGCAAAAAAAAAUCUUGUUCUCCUUUAAUAAUGGAAACUCGGUAUCAACCGUUUAGCACAACGGACAGCAGCUUGGAUCAAGCAGAUCCCAAUAUCAGCCAACAAACAGGUAAAACCUCCAUGUUGUCUGAAUUUCUUUCUGAGUUACUUCAGACAUCGAGAAAUCAGAGUGUGAAAUUGUGUGUGUUUUCAGGGAUGAAGAGAAUAUUGACGUAUAUCCUCUACAGCGUGCCGCUGCUGCUGCUUUUGAUUCUGCUCUUGGUCAUAGGGGUCAUAUUCUCUCAGAUGAAGAAGGAAAUGACUGAUGUCAAACUACAACUCCAGAUCAUCAACAAUAGAGGACCAAUGUCCUUAUGUACUUCAGGUCCUACAGAUGCAAAACAAGUCCUGAUGGAGAGAAUUGUUCCAGUUAGAGGAACUUGCAAGGAGGGCUGGGCGAGUUUCCAGGGCAGCUGUUACCUGCUUUCCACCACCACCACCGUCUGGCAACAAGCCGAAGAUCAGUGUAGAUCAUCUGGAGGACACCUGCUAGUUCUUAACAAUGCGGAGGAACUGGACUACAUUUCAGGCAUAGUUGACAUCAAGUAUUCCUACUGGAUCGGACUUGUGGAGCGACAGCAUGAGGGCCACUGGAGCUGGGUGGAUGGAACCGACUUUGGCUCGACCCCAACAUUCUGGGACCAGGGUCAACCUGACAACUGGGACUUCAGAGUGAACGGAGAGGACUGUGGGCAGCUGCAUGCCUCUGUGAACCGCAAGCGCAAGCUGUGGAACGAUGCAGACUGUAGCCUGGGCUACAGGUACAUCUGUGAAGCCAAGGCAUGAGUCUGCAUUAUACGUAGCUCAUGCUUUGUUGAUAUGCCCAGAUUGAUGAGAGGGAGAGGAUGGAUAAAAGUAAAACUAUUUGACCUAUGAAAACAGUUGUUAACCGG